CUAUGCAAUAAUGAGACGAAUGCCAUUGAUGUGUCCCAGUCUGAAUUUUUUUUUUGAAUCAUCGUGCAAUAAUUCGCCAGAAUGUCGAAUCAAAACAAAACAAGCAUCGACAAAAAUUUGCCAUUUUUGCCCUUUGUAAAGGCAUUAGAAGCAAUAUUUUCUGUCAAAUCCAAAAUUGGCAAAGCUGAGGAAAAGAAACGACUCUUAAGAACUUACAUCAACGCCUUCGAAGAUGCCAAAACUGAAUUUUUACAAAAACACGGCGAACAGUCAUCGGACACAAGUUUCUACCCGAUCCUCCGUCUCCUGUUGCCUCUUUUGGACAAAACGCGCACUUACAACAUGAAAGACGUCGCAUUAGGACGAAUGUACAUCAAUGUCCUCGCCAUUAACGAAAAAAGCAAAGACGGCUCUUUAUUGAAAUCGGGCACUUUGAGCAACGCAAAUCAGGAUUUCGGGGAUGUUGUUUACGAAGUGAUGAAAGAUCGUUGCAGCAACACCGGAAAUUGCACAAUUUUCGACAUAAAUAAUUUUUUAGACAAAUUAUCUGAAGGCGAUGUGAACAUUGGAAAACAUGAAUUUUCCAAAAUUUUUCAAAAAUUGACGGCUCUCGAGCAUAAAUGGCUCACACGGAUCAUUUUGAAGAAUUUACGACUCGAUUUUAGUGAAAAUGCAAUUUUAUCAGUAUUUAAUGCAAAAGCAGCUGAACUCAUCAAUCGAAUUUUUUCACUAAAAAGAAUUUGUGAGAUCGUCGAAGGCGAUGAAAAUUGCGAAAUUGAGCCUUUUGUGCCUCUAAGACCGCAAUUGUGUGACCGAAUGAGCGAAAAACAGAUAAAAGAAAUGUUCGAAAGGCAAAAAGAAAUGUACGCGGAGACAAAAAUGGAUGGCGAACGAAUUCAAAUCCACAAAAAAGGCACGGAAUAUCGAUAUUUCACGCGUCACGGCAACGAUUGUUCCGAUCAAUUCGGAAAAAAUUCCGUUUCUGGCUGUUUUUCUCCCAUGAUUCAUCAAAUUUUUAAAAUUCCCGUCGAAAAUGUGAUCCUCGACGGUGAAAUGAUGGUUUGGGACAAGCACGAGACGCGAUUUGUGGUGAAAGGAGAGAAUGUUACGGCUCGUACGAUGAAAAAUCACUCAAAAUAUCAAUCCUGCUUCGUGGUUUAUGACAUUUUACACUUGAAUGGCACGAAUUUGAUGGAAAAAACGUACGACGAGAGGAUUUCCAUCAUAAAUUCAUUAAUUCCUCACUCGCCGGGAGUACUUCAGACCGUAAAAAGACAAAAAGUCCGCUCCGCAAUUCAAGUUUUGGAAGUUUUAAACACCGCAAUCGACGAAUGUGAAGAAGGAAUUGUCUUGAAACAACUUGAUUCGAUUUAUUCUCCUGGAAAACGCGGCGAUGGAUGGUUCAAAGUCAAGCCAGACUACUUGGGGGACCUCGUAACGGACUUGGAUCUCGUCAUAAUUGGCGGAAUUUUCAAACGAGGGACUUCUGUGAUACAAAAAUAUCUUGUGGCAAUCAAAGAUGACACCAAAAAUCCCGUAAAAUUCAUCACCGUGACUCCAAUUGUGAAUAAUUUAUCGGGCGACAUGGCAAAAAGUGUGGAAAAUGUCCUUAAACCGAAAAUUUUUGACAUUUCUUCACCUCCCGUGGGUCUGGAUUUCGGAAGUUACAAGCCAAAUGUUUAUUUUGAGCCCUCAGAAUCGGUCAUUUUGGAAGUAAAAGCCUCAGAACUUCAAAAAUCGUCAUCUGUUAGUACGGGAUUCAUCCUCCGCUUCCCUCGAGUGAUGAAUGUUCGAACGGACAAGCCUCCAACGGACUGUUGUGACCUUCGGGAGUUCAAAAAUCUCUGUGGAACCGGAGAUAAAGUCGUUAAAUUACCAAAAAGACAUGCCACGGAAGCAGAUUUGAUUGGAACUCACAAAAGAUCGCCCAAAAAACCAAAAAUUUCGUCAAAAUUGGAGAUUUGCAAUCCUUACACGAGUGUCGGAAAGGUAGAAAUUGUCGAUGAAAUCGCGAAAAAUCAUGAAAUUGCGAUUUUAAGUUCAGGUAAAGAUUUUCCGCCGAAGCAGGAGUUGGAAAAUCUCGUUAGAAUCCACGGAGGAACAGUUGUUGCUCAUCCAGGACGUCGCACAACGUUCUGUGUUGCUGAUACAAAAACUCCAAUGGUGCAAGAAAUCAUUAAAAAUCGAUCACAAACCAUCGUAACGGUGCCUUGGUUCUUAAAAUCUUUCCCAAAAACAGCUUCAAAUGCGGAAAAAUUGCCUGACAUCAAAAAAAGAGACACAAUUUGCAUGAAACCCGACUUUGAAGUGGCUUUGAGAUACACUCAUGACGAGUUCGAUGACUCUUAUACCAAGGAAUUGACUGAAAAUGAGCUCCGGGAACAACUUGACAACAUGAAAGAUGCAUUUCCGUUACUCGUAAGUGAGAUGAAUGAACUCGAACAGACGUUAACUGGUCAAAAAGACAUUUUUAAUUGCUUUCGCGGGCAACUUGGGUACUUUGACAGUCAAAUUUUCAAGUCUGUGGAUUAUAAAAUUGCUAAAUUAAUGUUUUUAUCGCGAUCUGGAACGAUUACCAGCGAUUUGGAUGACCUUGGGGACUGUGAUUUGAUCGUUGUUGAUCCAAAAGAAGAGCUUGAAGUCAAAAAAUUUAAGGAAAAUUCUGAUUUUAGAGGAAAAUUGAUUGAUUUUCAGUAUUUUUUAUUACUCAACAAAGGACUGAAACCCAAAAAAUUUGAUUAUUUAUUGAAAUAAAAGUAUUUUGAACGCAUAAAGUGCGAAUUUUCAUUUAUUUCCAAAGAAAACAAAAGCAGAAUCAGAACGAAUGCACAAUCGAAAGACAUAAAAGUGUAACAAAAAGUUAUAAAACAAAUAAUAAAACACAUAUUCGUAACUCAAUACCCUUCGUCAGUGCCAUCAGAAUGAAAAAUAAACCAGCAAAAAACUCGUUUUAACACCAUAACCGUUGUCUUUGUGUUACUUGCUGUUUGUUGUAAAUAAACAGUGCGUAGAACAACGACAACCUGUCCAAGCACGAUAUAAUUAUUAUUGACAAUACGCUCUUCUUAAUAUUCCAUCAAGUAGUUACCCACAUAAAUACUUCGCUCUCGCAUUCUGUCAGCACAACGACUUUUUUAUUACGACUUA